AUGCUGGCAUCAGAGCUACCUUUUGAGAUCCUUUUGCAAGUUGCAGAUUUUGUAUUGACAGAAGACAAGUUUUCCUGUACUCUUACCUGUAAGAAAUGGAAAAAUCCGUUUCAAGAAUCAUUGUGGAAGAACGUAGAAAUCGAUUCUAUGGAAACACUAGAAAACAUGUGUACUAUCGUGAAUCAGCCAUCAGCAGAAUCUCCACCAUAUGGUCUGAUAGUUCAAGGCUUACGCUUUACUGGAAAGUCUAGCUUAACUAACUGGCAGCUGAACCCUGUUUUCCGAACUUUCCUAAAUUUGAAGCAUCUCGAUAUUGAGACUAUAUCUUUUGGCCAAGUUGACCUCAAACAAACAAUACAUGGCGCUAAAUGGGAGUCGCUAACUAGCAUAAAGCUCAGAAUCGAACCAUCCGAAUGGACAAUACCAACUACAGCCAUUAUUCAGGUCUUGACAAACAUUCCGAAUCUCCAGAAAAUAGACAUAUCUUUCGAGUAUCUGUCUUACACAAUUGAUUUUGAAUUACAGCAGUUCAAUGAACUACAUAAAGCAUUGCCGCAUCUUGUAGCUAUCAAAACUAACUUAAAUCUCUGUGAUAUAAAUCCAAAUGAAGCUUCGGACAUAUCAAACACCAUACCGGCAGUUUGCGUAGAAACCCUCGAUCUUACCCUCUUUCACUGGCGGCAUCUAUGGCUGUACUAUUUUACAUUGAAAUAUCCUAACUUACGUACUCUGAGAUGGAAAGCAUCGCCUGCAUCCAGGGAGUUGAUUGAUGAAGACUACGGCUCCGCAAGAAUAGCACCUUUUCGUUCAAUUACAAAAGCGUUUGUACACUUGGAGACAAUUUAUUUCUGUACUGAAGAAACUACAGAAUGGGCACACGCUAUCUUUUGGGAACUUCUUUGUCGAUCAAACGUGUCAAUCAAAAACUUGAAUUACCAGAUCAAAGACUGCAGUUGCGGCGCAUUAUUUCUAGAAUCAAUUAUCCGAAAAUUUGUACAAUCCUUUUCGAGAACCCUUGAAACCUUUACCGUUGUAGGAGACGUAUUUUUUAAUAUCGAAAAUAUCGCAAGACCAGAGUUCUCUUACUGUCCACUACUGGUAGAUAUUGAAUUCAAAGACUGUGGCGUAUCCAUUGCAUUGGAUAAUCUAUUGGAUAACUGCACAACCCUGAUACGAUUUCGAUUUUCCAAUGGACAGCUGUAUCUUUGUCCAGACGCACAAAUAGAUCGAAAGGCUCAUGGAUUACGUAUUCUGGAGCUUGAUAGUAUUUUUGCAAGCGCACCCGUGUUUAACUACACGUCCAUUAGAUGUAACAACUUGCAAUAUAUGAACUUAACUCAAUCGUACAUUUGUGGACCAAUCUCUGAUAAGACUGGACGUCUGUGUAUUGAUAUGCCCCACACGCAAUUUAAAGUACUGCAUCUCAACCGCGUUCAAUUCUAUUCAUCUGUUGAAACUAUUGAUGAAAAUACAGCAAUAAACUUAAUACUCCUAUCUCAGUUGACUAAACCCCUGCCGUCAAUGGAAAAUACAGAAGAAGUGAGUGACAGCCUUUCUGUGGACACUAUAGGCUGGUUUCAUCUCUUCUGUGAGCUAGACUAUGCCUUCGACUAUGCACCAAAAAUCAGGCAACUUUCUAAACAAGAGGCUGAUGAUACUAUCAAGUAUUAUCAAGAAUUCAGAUCCAUAGAAAACAUUGAUGUUCCAGAAGUUGAAAGAUCUUUUAACGGCCAAGUAUCAAAGGAAAAUUGGAAGGCGGAUCUUUGUAGAGGUUAUUCUGAAUUAAGAUGUGGCCACAUAGCCGAUUAUCGUGUACCUUUAUUUUGGACAGAUGAAAAAGAUUUUUGGCAAAUGCUGUAUAGCAACUUGCCUAAAAUAGACAUAAUCCAACAUUUCCUUGAUACUCGCCGAGUAAUCAAGAUUUGUAUCUUACCAGUUAAGCUGUCUAUAAAGAGACAGUCAUCCACCAGGUAUCUCCAUCAUAUAAAUCAGAAGAAUGAUAGCGCACUAAAACACGUGCUGUCUGAAAUGCGUCUGUUGCAGAAGAUUUUCUCGAACAGCAUUUAUCAAAAAGCAUUUAAUCAAGGAAACACUGGAUUUGAAUACUACUUUUACAGAUGUUCUGAGGCUUGUAUAUCUUUGUAG